AUGGAUGAAUUGGGCUGGAAGUACAUAUUGAAAUAUUGUAUAAUUGGGGAUGCGGGUGUUGGGAAGUCGUGCUUGCUGUUGCGCUUUACAGAUGACAAGUUCGAUAAGAAUACGAUGACGACUCUAGGUGUUGAAUUUGGCUGCAGAAUAAUAUCAGUAAAUGACAAGGAGAGGGUAAAGGUACAGUGCUGGGAUACGGCUGGCUCUGAGCAGUUCAGAUCAAUAACACGAUCUUACUUUCGUGGAGCGGCAGGAUGCUUGUUGGUGUACUCAGUGGGGAACAGGAGAAGCUUUGAGAAUCUAGAUAUGUGGCUGGAUGAUAUAAGGAGAAACGCGGACGAGAAUUUGACAGUAUUAGUCGUAGCGAACAAGACAGACAUAGAUAUGAAUCAGCGGGAAGUGAGCGUAGAGGAAGGGGUAAAGUGGUCAGAACAGAGGGAAUUACAGUUUUUAGAAGUUAGUGCGAAAUCGGGACAAGAUGUGGAUCAAGCAUUUGAUAAGAGUGCCAAAGCGAUACUGGCAAAGCUCAAUCACGGAGCAUUUAAGCCGCGUGGAAGCAGCAGUACAAGCCAAGGAGUGUUAUCGUUAGACCAAUUUACGAAUAAAACGAGUGGAUGUUGCUAG